UGUCACAGAUGGAGUUUUUUGUCAUGUUUGUAUUGUUGCUGUAAAUCUCAUGUUGUUGUCCAAAGGAUUUAUUGAAUUUAAUAUUUGUUUGUAGAUAUUUAAUAUUAUUGAAAAGCUUCGUCAUGAACAGUGAAAAAUGAAAAUAGAAAAAUGCUUCUAAUGUCCUUUAGAAACAAGGGCAACUAUGAAUUUCUGAAAGCCACAUGCAUAUUUAUUUAUAUAUUUACCAUAAGUAGUGGAAGAUGGAAAAAUCCUUAGAAGAUGGUCUUUACCAAGCUGUAUUAUCACGAGAUCAUCAAACAGUGGCACAUUUAUUAUCCAAAGGUGCUGAUCCAAAUAAAACCACCAGCUUUGGUAAAACAAGUUUGGGUUUAGCAGCAAACACUGGAAAUCUUGAUAUAGCUAAACUUUUAAUAGAGGCCACAUUAUCUUGUAGUACAUCAAAAGCAACAUCUGUAACUAAGAAGAGGCAUAAAUCGAAAAAAAGGAAGUAUCAUCAUGGUGGUCCUGCAGAAACAGUUGUGAAAUAUAAGAAUUUAAAUGACAGAAAAAUUAACGAUUUUAGUUUAGGUCAGUGUGAAGAUGUAAAGCAGGACAGUUUGAAACCAGAAAAAAAUCAAGGUUACUUUGUAGUUAUCCAUAGUGAAGGUUCAAGCAGCGAUGAGAGUAAAGUGUCAAGUAUCUUAACUGCAUCUUCGUUGACACCGUCACCUCAGUCUGACUUGGAGUGGGAUGAGGAGAUAGAUAAUGACACACCCAUAGUGGACACUAGUGAGGAUGAAUCCUGGACGUCAAUGUACAGGUGGUACGCUGCUAUAUUAGAAAGCACUGGUGCAGCAAUAGCGUCAGCAUCAGCAGCAACUUACGGUGUUGAUCAACAAGAUUCUUAUAUGAGAACAGCUCUUCAUUAUGCAGUAGAACGCGGCCAUCAAGAUAUUGUUGAACUCUUACUUAAAUCUGGGUGUAAAGUAGAUUUAACAGCUUCUGAAGGACUAACAGCAUUACACAUAGCAGCCAUGGAAAAUGAAACAAAUAUUGCUAAGAUGCUUUUGAGUGCAGGCAGUCAAGUCAAUAACAAAACUCAUGAAAAAAUAACAGCACUACAUUUUGCAGCAUCUAGGGGAUAUUUAGAUAUGGUCAAGGUGCUAGUCGCUGAAGGGGCUAAUAUCGAGUCUAGGGACACUAAUGAGCGGACUCCUUUGUAUGUAGCCGUCAUGAAAGGACAUCCGAAUGUGGUUGAGUACCUUAUUAGUGUUGGUGCAAAUGUAAAUAGUGAAGAGAUUCAUGGAUACACACCACUUUGUGAAGCUGUAUGGGAAAGAUUACCAGACAUUGUUGAACUUCUUUUGAAAGCAGGUGCUCGAAUAACACAUUCACAUAGGUUGAUUCACAAUGCCAUUAUUCAAGGCCAGGAACCGAUUGUAAAAAUGCUAGCAGGUGUUGGAGGAGGAAUAAAUUUGCAUAAUGAUAAUGGUGAUACGGCGCUUCUACUGGCUGUACGCUUGUCACAACUUAGAGAUGUUCGGCACUUGCUUGCCAAAGGUGCAAAUAUUAAUGCAAGCAAUAGUAUAACUGGCGCGAAUGCUUUGCACGUCGCCGUGGAAUGCAUCGAAUAUUUAGAAAAUUUUGAAGAGUUAUUGGAAUGCCUAAUAGAACAUAAGAUUGAUAUGAAUCAUACUGCUCUCACAGGAGACACCCCUCUGAAUAGAGCUUUGUUGUUGCAUAGGGACUAUGCCGCACUGCUACUUAUAAGGCAUGGGGCCGACGUAAAUUGCUGUGAUGUGCGAAGAUGCGGAUUGGAUAAUCUUUCUAUAGCUAGUCGACGACGUAAUGCCGAUCUUGUCAACUUACUUAUCAGAGCCGGGCACUAUUUGCCCUAUCCAGAAAUUUAUGAACAGUCUCCUAAGCCCGGAAGCACCGCAGAAUGGCUGCAAGCCAUUAGCCUAACUAAGCAACCUUUGAGUCUUACGGAUCUCUGCAGGAUACAGAUUCGACGUUCAUGCCAGAAUAUGGGAUUGUUUACAUCGGUAAAUAGCUUACCAUUACCAACAACCUUAAAACGCUUCCUCACCAUGCAAGACGAGUAUGAAUGGUUGAUCAAUGAAUGACAGAACCUACAUAACCUUUUCAGGAAUGCCGGUGCACAGCUAGGCAUUAUUUUACGCAGGUUGAAAUCACUGUAAGAAGUGAACACAAUUGCGGCCUGAAAAGGGAUAAUCGCAAGUUGCGCGAUUAUUUACGAUCGAUCAAGAUUAAUUUAAAAUCUAGUCAUGAACAACUAACCGUAGAAGUGCGCCGGCGAUGGCUAGUGUCACACUAGCCAUCGCCGGCGCAGUGACAGCAGCAGCAGUGACAGCGAGCAACCCUCGUGAAACCUCGUUACGGACGUAAAAACGUGUAGUGAAAAGGACAGUGCCAAUCCAUGUAUGGAAGUUGGACCAAGUGCUGCCCAGAAUGAAACCAUAGUGCAUUUUGUUCCUCAGGCCAAUACUAAUUUGUAAACCGAAGCGCACUGAAAUCUAUCCCUGGAGUUAAGAGAAAAAAAGAGUUUUGUUUUGAAUAAUUUACAUACAAAAUAUCAUCGAUGUAUACGUACUACGCAUAAGAUUUCGCGAUUGUGGCAUUAAAUAACACUUGCUAUGUUGAACUUAACCAUACUGCAUCCGUACACCUUACUUUAGUACGACUUCGACAUUCUUUAUAAGCGAUCAAGCGCUGUUGCAGUAGUUUGGUUACUUGACAGAAAUUAAUUAUUUCCAAAAUUGAGCAAGAAGUUUUAGCUUACAAUAACUUCAAUAAUCGAUUGUAAUACACCAACAAAUUGAUUUUUUGCAAGGAUAGAGAACUAAAACUUCUUGCUUCAUUUUGGAAAUAAUGAAUUUCUGUCAACUUACCAAACAAUUAAAACAGCGCUAGAUCGUUUAUAAAGAAUGUCUAAAUCGCACUAUAGUAACGUGUACGAAUGCAGUAUGGUUAAGUUCAACAUAGCGAGUGUUAUUUAAUGCCAUAAUCGCAAAAUCUUAUGCGUAGUACGUAUACAUCGAUGAUAUUUUGUAUGUAAAUAAUUCAAAACAAAACUCUUUUUUUCUCUUAACUCCAGGGAUACAUUUCAGUGCGCUUCGGUUUACACAUUAGUAUAGGCCUGAGGAACAAAAUGCACUAUGGGUUGAUUCUGGGCAACACUUGGUCCAGACCCUGGCACUAUCCUUUAAUGUGCUAUAUUUAUUGUUAUAAUAAUAAUUCUUGAAUACGGUGCGGUGUGACAACACCCGCAAUGUAUAUUCAGACGCGUGACCGAAAUCAGCUAGUUGGAAAAAUUAUGUUUUAUGCGGAGGCCGCAGUCCACAAUCGUGUGGGCGCGGUUUCGUGACUUCUUAGCAUUAGCAGACAAAUUGUUUAGUUAAUUUUUCUGUUGGUUGUUUGAUACAUAAUCAAUAGACAUAUUAUAUUUGUUUUCUUUUAAGAACCUAGUGGUUUAUUGUAGAUAUUACACUGUCUAAGACUAUUAUUAAAUAAAAUUAAGUGUAAAAUUAUUAAUUAAUUUAUUAUUAUUAUUAUAAAACGAAAUAUUGUCAUAAUGAAUGCCUUUACAAAGGUAACCUUGAAGUCAUUAUAUUCAAUCUAUACUACAUAAUAUUAUAAAUGCGAAAGUAACUCUGUCUGUCUGUCUUGCUUUCACGUCUAAACCAAUGAACCGAUUUUGAUGAAAUUUGGUAAAGAGAUAGUUUGAGUCCCGGGAAAGGACAUAGGAUAGUUACUGUGGCAGACAAAAUUCAACGCGGGCGAAGCCGCGGGCGGAAAGCUAGUCUGUAUUAUAAAAGACAUUUGUGUUACUAUAUCGAAAAGUAGGUAAUAUGUCCUAAAUAUAAUUUGUAUUUAUCUAAAUGUGUACCUAUGACAAGUGCAUGCUUUUAAUGUUCAACAAAUAAAGGAUAAUACUUCUUACUCAUUUUUUUUCGACUUUACAUGAACAUCUUUCGUAAAAUAGUAUGAAAGUAUCGAGAUUACUACUACUAUUAUUAUUUCAAAAUAGAACAAAUUUUGUGUAAUUAAAAAUAAUAAUGUUCCUAAUUUUUUGUUUUGAAUAUUAUUAUUUGCUAAAAUACUUCAGUGAGGGGUUUAUGUGCAAUAUAAUACAUUAAUACAGAAAUUAUGUAUUCUAUUCAUCUCGCGAAUUCAUUAACAAAAUGUACGAUGAAAGUGUUAGUAACUCGAAGAUUAGUAAUAAUAACAAUAGCAUGUGUUUAAUAGAUAUGUAAUCAUUUAUUAUCAACAUAAUACAAAGUCAAUGUAUACUCAAAGAUGAAAACAUAAACAUUAUACCUAAUGAAAAUUCUAGACAUGUAAGAUGCAUAAUGGUGUAUAGUCGACAUUAAAAAUAUAUUUACAGUGCUCAAAAAUGCCUUUACAGUUGAGACAAAAUACAUGAACAGAAAUAAAAGGUGUAAUGAUAUUUUUGACGUCGACUUAUUUAAUGUAGUACCUAUUUAUUACUUGGAUCUCUGUUAACAUACUUAUUAUUACACAUUUUUAAAGGUUAAAAAAUGAUAUGAUUAUUACACCAUGUAAAUGUUACCAUUUAGUUUAAAAAUCAGAACCUUCGUUUCUGUUACAGCAUAUCAACUGAGGAUACAUUCCACCAGCCCACCAACCAAUAAUAAGCAAGCAUAUGUGGCAAACUUUAAUUAAUUUACUAUUGCCACACUACUAAUAUUUAUUUAAACAUUCGAUAGUGAAAAAGCUGCCUAGAUUGAAGAACAUUGGUUGAUGGGGUCCAAACUUAUAACAUUGUAUUUUUAUCCUCUUUUGAAAAACAAAAUAUCAGUGGUAACAUAUACAUUUUAAAACCUAAAAUUACAGGGAUGGUAUAUAUUGUUUACAAAUUCAUAAUAAAAUACUUAAUUCAUACUAAUAAAUGUAUUUUACUUAAAAUUAUAUGGAUUAAAUAUUGCCAUGACUGUUUUAGUAACACCCAUGACUCCUUACUUCUGUUCCUAUAUCCUCACAGCACCUUAAAUGUGCAGUUAAGUCUGAUAAUAUAAAAACAAAUAUAAAUGCUACAACAAUCUUGCUUUCCAUUUUGUUUACAAACUUAAAAAAAAAUGCAUACUUUUAUUUCCUAAUGACAUCCUUAUUCAGGCGAAAUAAAAGAGAACAACUCCAUAUCAGUUUCUCACUUGCUAUCGCGAGUGACGUCAGUGAGAUUCUGCAAUGGUACAUCUAAGUCUAGGCGCAGACUACAUACUUUUAGUCGGCCGAUAGUAGGGCCCGAUUCUAAUUUGUAUGAAGUAUCCGCCGAUACAAUGUGCGCACUUUCAUUCAUCUCCAUACUGAUUAACAGCCAGACUCAACUAUCGGCCAACUAAAAGUCGGUGGUCUGCGCCUAGGCUAAACUGACAAAAGUGCAAAUAGUUAUCUUCUGCUUACUUUCACUUUUGAUAUUAACAGCUGGACAGAUAGACCAUUGAAAAUGUUUAGAAAUCUGGUACAGGUUAACAGAGUUGAUACAUCAAUUAUUGGGAAUGUGCACAAAAAAGGUUUCUUGCAAGUAUGACUAGUAUUACCACCAAUAUUAAAUAUUUACU